GCGCGCGCGCACGGCCACCGGAGGGCCCCGCGAUGUAGCGACCAGUUGCGGCAAACGCGUGGUCGGUCUCGACGCUGGCACCAGUGUUCGUCCGUUUAUUCGCAUCGCCCCGAUGAAAGAAUCAAACGGACGCAGGUAGGCGGAGGAAUAAGACGCGACGGACCGGAAGCGACAGAAGCCGAGGAGAACCACCGUCGAACGAUCGAGCGUCGCGACAUCAUUGUAUCAUCGUAUUGGGGAGACGUGCAGUUGGACCAUCGAAGCCAUGAGUUACGCGGGAAAUCCAGACUCUGCGGCGACAGGAUUCUGUCCCGCACCACCUCCGCCUCCGCCGCCUCAACCAGUUCCUGGACAGACGCCGGCCCUAAGGAUCAGUACUGCGGAGACGCCGAGGCCACGGAGACCGCAGAACAACAACGACCCUUACGAGCCACCGGCCGCUAUACAAAAUGCGAUGAUGACCAAAGACAAGAAACCGUUCACUUACACCCCGGGUAUGGGUGGAAAGCUGGAUCUCUCUCAAAUCAGGAGUCCGCGGAUGGCACGUCGCGUUGCGAAAAACGCCAAUGACGAGGGAAUCGAAGGCCCACCGAAAUCCGCCCACGAGCCAAAGCCAACCAGCUCCUUAGCUGCCCCGAAUCUCUACGUUCAACCCCAGGUCGCGGUUCCGGUGUUUCCCGUCAAUAUGCCCGCCACGCCGUCCGCCAACAGGGCCCACGGCGUCCACGUGAAUCGCACACCGUCAACGGCGGGCAACAGUCAACCUGCGGAGACGGUGCGGGUCGGUGGUAAUGCUCGAGGCGAGGGAAAAACUACGCCGGUUAUGACCCCUUUGUCGCCUCAGAGUCCGACCACUCCGCCAGUGGUCACCCUAGCCAAGGCCCCCACCCCGUGGCUCCAGAACAAGCCCAAGCAGCAGGACGAUCUUCCGGAGUGGGCGAAGAAGUCUAACAACAACAAGCCGAUCGACGCCGCGUCGGAAGUCACGGCGUCCGUAACGCCGGGGAUUUAUCAUCAACCUCAGCCGAUUUACACGCAGAACCAGACCCGACAACAGGAUCGUGUUAUACCCGUUCGCAUCGAGGACAGGCCUUCGGUAUUCACGGUGAAAAACGAAAGCGCGGGUCACCAUCAGUUCAAAACGGCGCCAAAUCAGCAACAGAGAUGGGGUGGUCAGCCCCAGCAACAGACUCAACAGUAUCAGAACCAAGCACAGCACCAGCAACAACCCGGAGGUGCUCGCAUUAUUCCCAUUAUGCUCGAGGACAACGGACACCCCCAAGGGCGCACGAUUCCCGUCGACGUUCAGGGAUCCAGAGUGGUCGUCCAGAGGGGUCCUACCGGGGCGGUUAAUCAGCCGGAGCCCGGACCCGUUCAAUCCAGAUCGUUCAGGGUGCUCCAGAAGAUAACCGACACCGAUUCCGAUAACGACGUAGACGGCAAUUCGGAGCAGAUCCGUAAACUCCAGCUCACCGAGGACGACAGAGCCCUCAUGAACAAAUUCAAGGAGCAAGUGGACGGUGAGAAUUAUCUACAUCAAGAGGAAGAUCCUCGAUAUCGUGGUGCUGCGAUCCCGUCUCGCGCAUUCCGUUUACUACAGAAUAUGACAGAUUCCGGAGAAGUUUCGACGACUUCAAACGCGCAGCGUCCCACGACCGCGAUCAAUAAGAAGCAGAACAGGAAUUCAAAGUCUUUCGAAGAAGCUCAGGCCAACCUGCCGCCCAGCGAGCAACAGGUCCAGGAGCCGAGGAAGUACAUGGGCGGUGCGAUCCCGUCGAGGUCCUUCAGAAUGUUACAGGCCAUGACGUCCCCCGAUAAUAUCGCUCCGCAAGAAAAUCGCCAACAAGAUUUCAUCUCUCGAACAGAGAAUAACGUUACGGGCAAUCAGCAAUCGGGUGUUUAUUUCCCAAACUGUCCCUCUCCCUAUUGGAGCCCCGAGGGAGGCUGGUGGGGCUACUACCCCCUCGGGUACGCACCGCCGCCGCCGCCGCCCAAUUCCCAACCCCUCGGCGUUGCGCACAAUCCCUACGCUUAUUGCGACUACGCCGACGGGAACCCUUACGCUUACUACGCGAUGUACGACCAAAGUUACCACCAUCAGAAUUACGCCCUGAGCUACCCCCCGCAAGUCGAGGGGCGAGGGGAGGCUCCGACGAACGGCGAAUGUAGCCGAGAUCGUUGUCCGGAUGGUCAGCGAGAAGCGAUCGCGCCUAGUUACGCGAUCCACGACUGCCCUCGUAUACCGCCGGCGUACGCCGCGCCGACCAAAAAUUCUCCGCAAAGGACGCAGGAGGGUCCGCGGAACCCCCAGGAGGAACGGAACGUUGCUCUCGAUUCGGACAACGGAGGAAACGAUAGGAGCGACGUCGACAACGUCCGUGUCUCGACGCCGAAGACGAUCGACUACCUGACCGUCCCUAAAUGUGUUAAGAAAAACCGAGCCCGGGUCGGCGAUGGGCGGAAUUCCAACGAUCCGAGCGUCGACGUGGAGUCGACGGGCGAGAUCACGUUAGAGAAUCGAAAGAACAAAGUAUACGAAAUGACGCGGGGUAACGCCGCCCGCGGCGAGGACUCUGCGGUGCGCACGAUCGCCACGGACUCCGAUUCGGACACCGAUUCCGACUCGGAUUCGGAUUCGUCCGAAUCCGACAGCGAGAGCGACAAGAGCGAAUCGGAAUCCAGCGACGAUUCCUCAUCGUCGAACUCCGACAGCGAGUCCGGAUCCGAGUACGUCGCGUAUACGAACGUUCCGAAGUUAGCCGCGUCGUCGACGAGGCCGGAGGAACCCGCAGCUACGCCUAUCUGCAUUCUAUCCGUUGACAAGGAAUGCGUUAACUCUUUGUCGACAGCGACGAUUUCGGAAGACGGAUGCGAACACUCGUCGAGAUUGUCGUCGGACAAGCUCACGUGCAGCGAGUGCGACUCGGAUGCCGACGACGAGUACCAAAUCGAGUCGUUGAACAACGACUGCAUACUGCCGCACCAGCUGAGCGUCAUAUACGAGGACGCCGAGCAAACGGAGACGGAAAGCGAUUCGCGAAAGUUCGAGUACUUGAAGGGAAAGGGAACGACGAAGGAAGGCAUGGAUAGUUCGGGAGAGUCGCCGGACGACGGUGACGAUACCACCGUCAGCGUUAGUUUGCCGCUGAGAUUCAGAUUCUCGGUUUCAGAGAACAACGAGGACGUUACCACGGUCAUCGUAGGGGACAGCACGGUCAGAUCGGCCAAGAAAUCGAACGGCGACGACGAAGUUUCGAGGUCCCGUUGCGAACCCGACAACAGCAACGACGUUCACGUCAACUUCAGGAUAAGAAAGAACAACAACACGUCCGUCGAUUUCACGCUAAAGAAGCAGAAGGGAUCACUCGAAGAGUCCUUCGACACGGAAUUCACAUUGACGAAUGACGACGCGAAGGAGAGCAGGCUAGAAAACGCGGAGACCAGACUGAGUUCAGGGGAAAUGAACGGCGGUACCGACGAAAAUGCGAAUUUGAAUAUCGGAGCGAUCGAAGAGGAGGAGGAGGUAGUGGUGGAAGGCUCGGAUCGCGACAGAAAAAUCGAAGCGGAGUUAACGAUCCACACGAAACGGACGGACGUGAUCAGACAUAUUUGGAAAAAGGAGCUCGACCUGGAAACUGAAACGGAUCUGGAGACGACUGUGAACAGCGAGGAGGCGAGGGAGGACACGGAAACCGCUUACUCGGUAAGAAACGAUACGACCAACUCGAACGACAGCGGAUACGACGCCGAGUAUGACGUGACCACCUCCAAGUCGGCGGUCGAGGGUGAGAUGCACAGGGAAGUCGUAGAGCAGAAGAGCCUCAAGAUAAAGGAAUCGGACUCGGUGCGUACCGAAUUCGCCAUCAAGAAAACGAAGAGAGUCGACGACGACGACCCGAAAAAAGAAGAGGAUAUCGUCGAGGAAGCGGAGGGCGAAAAAACCGAAACCAACAAGCAGGCCAAGCGGCUGCUGACCGUCCAGAAUUUGAGGGACGAGACCGACGACGAGGACAGCGGCGUGACAUCCGACAUGAGCCGAAUGAUAUCCGAGGUGGACACGGACUCCGAAUGCGCGAGUGUCAAGAGAAUGAACAAGUACCAGAGGACGCAGACCCACUCCAGGUUAUUCAAACUCCUGAACGACGACGCGGUAUUGGCGGAAGUGGACCCGACGGACGAACACCUGUACUCUCCCGGGAGACGGGAGCACCUGAGCUUGCCCCUGUUGAAGGCGAACGUCUUCAACUACGACGAGAAUUGCCACUCGAAUUAUUCGAGCGGCAUCACCUCACCGGAUUACUCGCCUCUGUGCGAGCACUCGUGGCGGAGGAUACACGAGGGUAGGUCCUUCGAGUCGGAGAACAGCAGCUCGGUGACGACGCCGAACGAGUGCGCCGACCUCGGCGAUACCCUCGGCUACGGGAUAUUUGCGCACGCCGAGAAACCCGCACCCAAUGACGACCCCUACUUCCAGACUUGGAAGACCGCGACGUCGCCGGUACAGUUCGAUUACGACAUCCUGCCUUCGAUCGCCUUCAAGAAACUGAAGAAGCUCGAGAACGGCGUCACUGGCCACUCGAAGGGGCGCAGGACGCACGUUCUAUGCCCGAGGAUAAAGAGCUCGAAAAACGUGCCGCAGGCACUCCAGUCGCCUCACAAGGCGAUAGCUUCGUCCAUUCCUUUCAUGUCCAAAAAAUCCUCAUUGAAAAACGGCCACUGCUGAUGGCCCGAGGCUGAGUGAAGUUAGGCCUAUGCAUCCGACCCACUGAAGAGCGUUCCAAGUUUUGUCUAGUUUCGCAGGGCUGGGCUACGAUGCCCAGAAGGUCCAGACCAAACUGAUUACUGAACCGGUGGAGAUAAUUUAUUCUAAAUGUGACUAUCGCGCUAUAUUGCCAGUGUGUUUUUAAUCGGUUGUCAUUGCUAUUCAUUUUUUUUUUCAUUUUCUAAGAAAUGAUACGCAAUUAUUUACAAUAAUCUGCCUAAAAUUUUACAGCGUGUUGCAACACUUAUUUGUAACCGUCUCUUUUUUGAUAAUCUCUCAUAAGGUGCAUAGCGGCAACAACGACGAGAUCAAAUAAGUUACUACCAUAUUUCAAUACCAUAAACCAUGCGGGUGAUAUACAUAAGUGGUGUAUCGAAAAUUGGAUGAAUCGCUUUUCGAGUACGCGAGAAAUUCUCUCAUCUCUUUGGUGACAUAUUUUUACAUAAUAUUUAAUCGGAUAAGCCAUUGCGGUUUUUAUUCAUUCACGGGUGUGUCGACAACUGACAGCGUUCGUUUACUUGUCAACAUGGCAUUUCAAGGAUAUAACACAUCUUUGAAAAAGAAAACACAAAAAAAAGCACAAAAAAAAAAGUACCGCUCGUCUAUGUUACAGUACACCGUAUAGCUAUAUAAAUUGUAUAAUUUAUGUAAGUUGUGUAAAAUAAAUGAUGAAAUGAUUAUUCAUAAAA